AUGCAUGCACCAAGACUUAUUCUUUAUCGAUCGCUGGAACCAAAAUCGGCACAAGGUGAUGAUUAUCCAAAUACUGAAUCGUUCGCUCCCACAUAUGCCAGAGAUCCAAAACUUAUCGCUCAGCCUUAUGCAAUAUUCAUAGCCGUGGCAUGUUCGUCACUAGGAUUUACUCAGAUUGGCAGUUGGGCUUGGAAGGUCAAACGUCUUGAGAAACGAGUUGAGACCAAGAAACUCAGCUGGAAGGUUACGAUGGAAGAGUCGGAUGCGAAGGAAAAAAGUGCUAUUCAUCUUUUCAUUCUCCCGGAUUUGGUCAGACGGUCCAUUGGCGCACAUUGCUAG